AAGGGCUGAUUUGCUUCACUUUAAUGGGUUCAAGGGCUUAUGUGCUCUUUUUUUAGUUUAGGGGUUUGUAGCUCAUAGUUGGUAAAGUACAGAGGCUUGAGAGGUUGUUUUGCCUUUUCGUUAGUCAAACAUUUAUUUGUGCGUUGACUUUUUAUCCUUCGCUUAAUGUUCUUCGUUAGUUUGUCUAUUCCAGUCGACUUCUAUGACUUUUGAUCCUUCACACUCAAAUAAUUCAUUAUCUAGCAGUGGACGUUACAUUAUCCCAGGUGAUUUCAGUUGCGGCUGAGCAACUCAACUUAGCAGUGGGAUUCCAACUUCAAGCACGAGGUUGAAGAAGUUUCGUGUCAUGCUGAACAUGGUCAGGGGAGUGCUGCAGGAUGCAGAACAAAAGAAAGUAACAAGUCACCGUGAUUUGAAGCCUUGGCUUGAGGAGCUUCGGAGUAUUGCUGAUGAGGCCGAGGAUAAGGAGAGUCAAUCUCCAACCAUUUCUCUCUUGCAAACUACUACAGCAGCAAAAAUGGGUGAUGCGAUCCUUGGUACUGUUGUGGACAUCACAUUAUCCAAGGUGAUUUCAGUUGCUACUGAGCAACUCAACUUAGCAGUGGGAUUCAACUUCAAGCACGAGUUGAAGAAGUUUCGUGUCAUGCUGAACAUGGUCAGGGGAGUGCUGCAAGAUGCAGAACAAAAGAAAGUAACAGGUCACUGUGAUUUGAAGCCUUGGCUUGAGGAGCUUCGGAGUAUUGCUGAUGAGGCCGAGAAUGUCAUGGAUGCGAUUGCUUAUGAAAAUCUGAAGGCUAAGGUGGCUGCUCAAACUGAUCAAAACCAAAUGUGGAGAAGAAAGGUUGGCUACUUCCUUACUCUCUCCAAGUCCAACCCUCUAAUUUUUCGACAUAGGAUGGCUAAGUGGAUUAAGGAUUUAAAUUCAGACCUAGCUCAACUUAAUGACUGGGCCACUGGAUUAGGGCUUCAAUAUAGACUUUCAAAUAAUAUUCCUCAACAUAGAGAACACCAACAGACCGACUCCUCUCUUGGGGAUCCUUCCCAAGUUGUAGGAAGAGAAGGAGAUGCCCAGAAAAUAGUUCAAAUGUUGAUUGAUUCAAGUCAUGAUGAUCAACCUCUCCGAGUAUUGUCCAUUGUGGGUCUUGCAGGGCUCGGAAAAACUACUUUGGCAAAAGUAGUGUAUGAUGUAUGGAAUGAAGAUAGGCAAAAAUGGGAGGAGUUGAAGAGGCUUUUGCAGGGAAUAGGUAAAAAAGUUGGAAAUGCGGUUCUUGUGACAACUCGAAAUCACAAUGUAGCAUCAAUGAUGGGAUCACUUCUUGAAAUUGGGCAACUAAAUGUUGAUCAUUGUUGGUCUAUAAUCAAGCAGAAAGCAUUUGGAAACUCUGAAUUCCCUUCAAGAUUGGGGCAUGUUGGAAGGGAGAUUGCUAAAAGAUGUAAUGGUGUACCAUUAGUUGCAAGUGUUGUUGGGGGGACUUUGUGCAAUAACAGGAACAAAUAUGAAUGGUUAUCAGUUAAAGAGAAGAUUGGCGCAUGGGGCUCACUUGAAGUGGACAAUUACAAUGCAAUUUUGCAUGUAUCGCAAUUGAGUUUUGAUCGCUUGCCAACACUAGUUUUGAAACAAUGUUUUGCAUUCUGUUCCAUUUUCCCAAAAAAUUUUGUUAUGGAAAAGGAGAUGUUAAUUCAGCUUUGGAUGGCUGAAGGAUUUCUUCAAGGGUUGGAUAGUUCCAUAGAGAUGGAGGAUAUUGGUGACCAGUGUUUCAGUUACUUAUUAUCAUGUUCCUUCUUCCAAGAUGUAGAAAGGGAUUCUUGUGGGAGUAUUAUCACUUGCAAGAUGCAUGAUUUAAUGCAUGAUCUUGCAAAAUCUGUUUCAAAGUCUGAAACUUUGAUAUUGGAUAAUGGAAGUACAAACAAUUUUUCUAACAACAUUCGCCAUUUGAAUCUCAUUUAUGGUGCGGGUAUGGCAACCACACAUGUAAGGGAUGUUAUUCAGAAACAGCGUACUUUGUUUUCAAAUGUUGGUGUUUUUAGCAACAUGCUGAUAAAUUCUGAAAGGUUACUACAGGCUUCCAGUUUCUAUGGUGCUGAAAGGUUGCCACAGGCUCACAGUUUCUAUGGUGCUGAUAUUGAUGAUAUGAUUGUAAACUUAAAAAGGCUGCAAGUCCUUAGUUUUCGUGGUGCUAAUAUUGACAGAUUGCCAGCCCUAUUGGGAAAACUGAAGCAUUUGAAUGGGUUGUCAUCUUGCACUGCUCUUGAGGAGUUGACAAUAGAACACUGUCAUGAUCUGAUAUCCAUUCCAGAGGAAUUGAGGAGCACCCCAGAGGAGGAGCUUUGCAACCUUCCUCGCUUGAAGAAGGUGUCUAUUACAUAUAUCUCAGAAGAGCUACAGGAAUUUCCUCAUUUACUCCUCCAGCCUUCCCUUGAAGAAUUGACUUUGAUUGGAUGGAAAAAACUACAGCAUUUGCCACAUCGAAUUCAACACUUAACUGCACUAAACACAUUGUGGAUCCAAGAAUUCCAUGAACUAGGAGCUUUGCCAGAUUGGUUGAGAAACUUGUCCUCUCUUCGGAGUCUGCGUAUUUUAUUCUGCAAGUCACUGAUGCAGCUGCCCCCUAUGGAAGCCAUGCGAUGCCUCUCCAAAUUAGAUUCUCUUGAAAUUUCAGGAUGCACUGAGUUACAGUUAAAAUGCGCCAAAAGAAGUGGUUCCGAAUGGGACAAGAUUUCUCACAUUCCAACAAUCAUAAUAGGCUGGGAAUGGAUCCAAGACCGAGGAGCUUCCAGUGAGCGGCAGUCAGUAACUUCUCAUUAUGAUGAUGAUGAAAACCAAAUUGCAAUAACCCCUACUUCUGCAUCUGCUAACUACGAUGCUGAUGAAGGCCAAAUCACAAUGACUUCCGCUUCUGCAUCUGCUAAUUAUGAUGAUGAUGAUGAUGAUGAAAGCCAAUCAACUACGUGAAGGAUGCCCUUCUUUGUUUUCUUUUUGCAAAAGCCAAGAAGAGGUAUUGUAAAUGCUUCAGGUCUGUCAAUUAUCUCAUUCUAUAUAAGGUUCAGUUUGUAGCCAUCUGAUUUAUCUGCUGUAUUUUGUGUAUAAAAGGUAGUUUUCACGCUCACAUUGAGCCCUGAAACCAAUGUCGCGUGUGUUGCGAGCAGCUCACACAACUCCAACCACAGUCUGUGUUUUGUCUUCCUUUUUGUUGAAUAAAAGGCAUCACCAUUC